AUGAAAUUACGUUCACACGAAAUAUUAGUAUCAAAUCGAAAAGAAAAUGAUAAACAAACAUCAUCGUUUAAAACAUUUCGUAAAAAUUUAUUCAAAAAGAAAUUAUCAAUUCCAAAACAAACCAAUCAACAACAUUUACACAAAAAAAUACCACAUUAUUUUAGAAAAAGUAUAUUACGAUUUUUAGUUGAGUCUACAAAUAAUAUUCAUUCUCAAGUUUCUUCAACAAAUGAAGAUUUGAUUUUAUAUAAAGAUAAUAAUCAAAUUGUUGUUCCUCCGCCUCUUCCUCCUUCUCUUCCAUCAAAAAUGAUUCGUCGUACUCCAUUAAUGGGUGUUCAAGCAUUGAAUAAACAGAAAAUAUUACGUCGUACAAAUUCUGUACAUAUUAGAUCGAUAACAAAAGAACAAGAAAAACCGAUAAUUGAAAUACAAUCAUUGGAUGAUACAGCAUUAGAUUCAAAUAAUUAUGAUAUGACAGUAUUAGAAAUGGAAAAAUAUAAUGAUCAUCAUUUAGAAACAAUAACAAAAAAGAGAAUACCACGUUGGGCUCGAAAAAAUGAAUUGCAAGUAGCAAUUGUAAAUCAAGUAUAUUUUCAACGAAAUCCAAGUGAAAUAUUUGGUUCAUGUUCAAAUUCUCAUUUAAAAAAUAUGUUAGACUCUUUACUACACAAUAUUGAUGACAAUCGAAAUAGUCACGAUUCAAUAAUGACAAUUACUAGAUUUUGA